GGUUUAAUUUAUAUCCCGUGAAAUAUCCUCAUCGAACACACCCUCAGGCUCCAUUGUUCUCUUUCAUCACAGUGUAGAAGUGAACACAACAGGAGUGGCACGCAAUAUCAAAGUCACGUGGAAGAGAGCUGGUGAAGGUGGACCAUAAGCAGCAGAUCUCGCCAUGUACAUCAACCCUGAGAGGAUUGAACACGUAGUGUCUCUGGGCAUCGCGUGCAUGGUGGCCGCCCACGUCCUAAGGCUCUGUGGCAUCCCGUGGACCUACGCUUUCUACGUUCUCUGGAGUCUUACGGUCCUGAUUUACUGGAGGAACGCGCGAGCUAAGGUUUCCACUGUGGGAAAGGCCGUACUGGUGACUGGCUGUGACUCUGGGAUUGGCCUCUCGCUUGCCUUACGCCUCGACCAGCUGGGUUUUCGAGUGUUCGCCUGUUGCGCCCACGUCGACGAGCGGAGUGCGAGCGCGCAAGCUCUCCGGCGAAAUGGAUCUCAACGUUUCCACGUGUUGCAGCUCAACUUCAAUGAUGACUUGCAGAUUUUCGAGGUUUUCGCGAGGGUCACCCAAUUAUUGGCUCGCGACGAGAAGCUGUGGGCGCUUGUCAACUGCGAGGGCAUCUGCUGGACACACGACGCAGGGCAAUGCCUCAACAUCAAUAUAUACAAGAGAAUGUGUGAUUACAUUAUCUUCCGUACUUGCGCCACAGUUAGGAUGUUCCUUCCGUUGCUGAUGCACGCUAGAGGUCGAAUCUUAACAAUUGGCCGCACAUGUGAGCGCACUACAUGCCACGAAACUCAACAUUAUUUGAUCUCUAAAGCUAUUUUUGACGCGUAUGAUAAGCUUCUAAGACAACAGUUGAAACAUCGUGGCGUAAAGGUUUGCCGAAUUGAGCUGCUUUCUCCCAACACAAGUGAGCCCCAGCUUGACCCCUCGGCGCCAACCCGGGGCAAAGCCAACGCAAAUUCAAGGUAUAUUUUUGCCGACGUAGUUCGCAAUAGAGGGGAGAGUGACGUCAGCGAAGCGGUGGAAGCUCAUGUUAAAGCUCUGACAGAUGCCUUUCCCCUUAACAAAUAUUUUUCUUCGAUACCAUAUUGAGUCCGUAUGAGGAGCAUAGUAGCAGUGUUUACAAACAGUAUUAAAGGAUGAGGAUGAGUUAGAUGUGCAUAAAUGUCUUUAUUUAUUGCUUAAACAGUGGUUGUCUUUGUUGGUGUAGCUGCCUCUGUAAACCCUGUUAUACAUGCAGCAUGUGUGUUCUUCACCUUAGACAGUAUUGCACUUUACGGUCUGUAAAAACGAAAUAAAACUCUUGUUAUUUCA